CUGCUGAGACCUGCGGGGCAUCCUCUGGCUCCGCUCAGCUCCUGCUCCUACUCCUGCUCCUACCCAACCGGAUCUCCCUUCGCCGAGCCGCCUGCAGUCUGAGGCUCCAGGGAGGUCUAUUAAGAACACUCUCACUGCCCUCGAGAAGACCAAGUAUUAUUGCCUCAACACCGGAGCAUUCUGAUUCCUGCUAUAAAAUUAAAGCAUGGGUCGCACCCUGUCUUGUAUUGUCCCCCUGGGAUUAGCGUUUUUGAUUUGUCAGGCACAGGGAUUUUUCCUGCCCAAUGCCACUCAUUUGGAGAAGCUUCUGAGCAAAUACCAGAAUGAUCAGACUCAUUCCAGAGGCAAGAGAGCCAUCCCCAGGUCAGACAGGGAGGAGAUACUAAUGCUUCACAACAAACUGAGAGGGCAGGUCUAUCCAUCAGCCUCAAACAUGGAAUACAUGACCUGGGAUGAUGAGUUGGAAAAGUCGGCCGCAGCUUGGGCCCACGAAUGUAUCUGGGAACAUGGGCCUGCCACCCUCCUUGUGUCCAUUGGCCAGAACCUGGCAGUCCACUGGGGCAGGUACCGUUCUCCAGCGUUCCAUGUUCAGUCAUGGUAUGAUGAAGUUAAAGAUUACACAUAUCCUUACCCCCACGAAUGUAACCCUUGGUGCCCAGAGAGAUGCUCAGGGCCGAUGUGCACUCAUUACACACAGAUAGUUUGGGCGACUACCAACAAGGUUGGCUGUGCUGUGAACACGUGCAGGAGGAUCAACGUCUGGGGAGAUGUGUGGGAGAAUGCAGUCUAUCUCGUCUGCAAUUACUCGCCAAAGGGAAAUUGGAUUGGAGAGGCUCCUUAUAGAAAUGGCCGGCCCUGCUCGGAAUGUCCGCCCAGUUAUGGUGGAGGCUGCAGGAAUAACCUCUGCUACCGAGAUGAGACUUACAUUCAGAAGCCUGAGACUGAAGAAACAAAUGAGGUGGAAAUGUCUCAGAUUCCUGAGGAGAAACACGUAUGGAUCCAACCAAGAGUAACCAAACCCACCAAGCCCAAGAAAACCACUGCAGACAAUUAUAUGACACAAAUCAUCAAAUGUGAGACCAAAAUGAGGGACAAAUGUAAAGGGUCCACGUGCAACAGGUAUCAGUGUCCAGCAGGCUGUUUCAACAACAAGGCAAAGAUUUUUGGAACUGUUCUAUAUGAAAGUUCAUCAAGCAUAUGCCGUGCUGCCAUUCAUUUUGGUGUCAUAGAUGAUAAAGGAGGUCUGGUUGACAUCACCAGGAAUGGGAGGACACCCUUUUUUGUUCGGUCUGAAAGGAAUGGUAUUGCAUCUUUAAGUAAAUAUAAGGCUUCCAAUGCAUUCAUGGUUUCCAAAGUAACAGUGCAGGACCUGGAUUGUUAUAGCACGGUUGCUGAGCUGUGUCAAUUUGAGAAGCCAACAAAACAUUGCCCAAGAAUUCGUUGUCCAGCCCACUGUAAGAGUGAACCAUCAUAUUGGGCUCCAGUGUAUGGGACCAACAUUUAUGCAGAUACCUCGAGUAUCUGCAGGACUGCUGUGCACGCUGGAGUCAUCAAAGAUGAAACCGGGGGUUACGUGGAUGUGAUGCCUGUAGAUAAAAAGAAGACUUAUGUUGGUUCGCUCAGGAAUGGGGUUCAGUCUGAAAGCUUGAAGACCCCUCGAGAUGGGAAGGCUUUCCGGAUCUUUGCAGUGAAGCAGUAAACUUCCAGAGCCAGGGAAGAAGAGACCUUCUUCAAGAGAGUGCUACCAUUUUUGUUUGUUUGUUUGUUUUUAUGUCUUGUUUUGUUUUAUAAAUUGUGAGCGUUGGAAAAUUUACUUUCAAUGGCCUUUGAUGUGACAUCCAGGCUGAAGGAACCCUUCCUUUCCCAUUCAUCACCUUGGGAGAGAGCACCACCUCAUCUCUGUUGGGGAGAAUCAUUCUCUGGCGAGGCUUUCAGAGAUAGGCUAUCUUUGACCUGAGACAGGUGUCCUGAAGCCCACUAUCCAAAGCCCUGGUGCCAUUACAUGUAGGGUACAAAUGGCUACUGGAGAAGAGAGAGAUUUUUUUAAAAAGCCAUUCUGAUAUGCAUGGGUGCAUGUGUGUGUGUGUGUGUGUGUGUGUGUGUGUGUGUGUGUGUGUGUGUUUAGGAGGGGGGAAGGGGCUUCAGACUCUUCAGAGAAGAAAACAUUUUGACUGAAAAGUGCUCAGUUACAGAAUGGAUUGGGGAAAAGGUAUGUUAGGUGAUGAGCACGUAGAAUUUAGUCAAGAGGGACGGAUGGUAGAAGAUGUAAAAAUAAAUAAGAACCAUCCUUAAUAAUAAAGAAACAAGGGUUUAAUGUUUGCUGGUCAGACAAUUUAUAGGAAAUGAGAGGCCUGGAGAAGAGGGGAGAUAGAAAAUGAAGGAAUGAAUCUCCUGUCCUGGCACAUCUCCAAGUGAAUGGGCCCCAACUGGUUGGUCAUUGGUUUUUCAUAACCAAGUGAAGUUUAAUAUAUACAGCAGUGCUGGUUUUAUCUCAGCAGCGACUCAUAAGAUUAAUGUUCUUGUCAUUUAUUUCAUUCCUUCCUAGCACCUAUUUUUUAUCCCAAUUUCUGGUGUAGUUUGGAGACUCAUGGGCUAGAGUGUUUACUGUUAGCCCAGAUGAUAUGCCAGACUAUAGGUUUUUAUUGUUCAUGCGUCCUUGCUAUAAAGUGAAUUUUUAUUUAAUCCUUGGUUCCAGAGAGAAGUUUAAGAAUAUGCCAAGCGUUGUGUAUGGGAGUAUGUGUGUUUGUGUGUAUAUAAUAAAUGCACACACACAUUCUCUAUAUAUCCCCACACACACAUAACACAAUUGUUAGGGCGUAAAAGUCCCCUUUUUAUGAAUAACUUACUAAAAGGAUGACCUAUUUUUUUUCCCCCUUCUUAAAUGUUACUGGGAUUGGCUGCCUUGAAGUCCAGCACUGUUCAUCGGUGCACAUUCUUCUCUGUGGUUAGCAAGAUUUGGAGAGGGACAGCUUUGUGGUUAUGAAGCCGCCCCUAGGUUUAAUGACAACCGUAGAUUGUAACACAUGAGUAUCAUUUCUCUUCCUGUUAUUGUGGAAUUGUAGUUUCCAAAUGUUCCAAGGCUCCGAGGAGUCCUGUGUUGUUUGGGUCAUGCUCCUUUUUUUUUUUUUUUUUAAACCUCAGUUCCUUAUGAGCUUGUAACAAAGCUGCAUAAUAAAGAUACACAUGUUAGAAAUUCAUUUUGCAGACUGGUAAAAGAUUGACUUUCCCCCCUCUCCAAAUGUUGGUUUCAAAUUUAAUUUUGUUUUCCAUGGAGUAAGUUCUGAGACAGGGACCUAGCAUCAAGUUAAAAAUCUAAGCUGGUUAUCAAGAAGUUAAGCAUAGGAGAUCUAUCUACCUUGGGAAUGAGUAAGGCAAAAUUACAUUAUUGCAUGCCGAUUUACUACAGCAUUUGAAGAUAGGUAGCCUUUAGCUUUAGAUAGCAAGAAAGCAAUGAAACUUGUAGCUAGACAAAUGCUAAAAAUUAGUCAGAACAUAUUUUGCUUAAUUAAAUGCCUGCUUGGAGUUAUUCAUAGGCAUCUGCAUGAAAAACUUCAUUAUCCCAAUGUUCAUUUGUUCAUUCGUCCACUCAAGAUUUAUUAAGCACUUACUGUAUGCAAGGCGCGGUGCUAGACACUUACGUUUUGUACAAAGAGGGCCAAGUAUCUGGAUAUUUGGCAACCUCUGGAUGCCAGGGGUCGAAGUGGCAGAAUUGUUCACUUUUUAUAAGAUAUUUAUGGCUGUGUUACAUAAGUCAAUCAGAAUCCUUAGUUUGGUAAAUAACAUGGUAACAGUCCAGUGAAACCUGGGUGUAUUUCACCAGCAAGCAUCUUGCUAUUAAGUAGAUAUCAGAAAACGUUUCAUAAACUUAAGUGUCUUGUAUGCCCCAUUUGAAUAUAAAGUAUCGGUGCUCUAUAAAAGUCCUACCUUCAGCCCUUCUAACAGUAUAAAAUCAACUUGACCAGAACCAGAACUCCUGGUUUGAUUUUUUUUUUUCCUUUUCAUUCAUCACCUGCAUAUUUUAAAACUGGAAUAAUUUUCAUUUGUAAUCACUGGUCUUUUUAAUUGAUAGCAAUGGCACAAUUAAAUUCUAAGCCCAUUGGACAAGGACUAUCUAUAAAUCCAUGUUUUGUACUGGGCCAUACAUGUUAUUAGAAAUUGAUGUUUAAUAAUAUAAGAAACAAAAGUAGGGGUGGGUUAUUUCAUGUCUCCUAUUUCCCAAAUAAAAUGCUUAUCAUUUUCUUGGAUUGUCGACUUUCACCUUGUUCUUAAAUCUGUACUGUGUUUAAUAAUAUUAUCUGCAGGCCACCUCUGCCUGCAGUUUAUAUAUGUGCUUUUUUCUAUGAAAAAUGAUGUAUUUUUACUAUUUCCUAUGUACAAAAGUUUAUUGUAAAUUUUGUGUGUGCUUUGCAUGAACAAGGGGCCAUACUUUGUUGUUUUUUUAAAAUCUAAUUUUUUCCUAAAGUUUCUGUAAAAUAUAAUUUUUGAGGAGU